UGAACUUUUCGCCAAAGACUUUCCCUUCCAGUGCCCCACUGUCCCCUUAGUGACAUGCGGACCCGGGAAAGCGCGCGUCGCGCUGGUGACGUCGCGGCCGGUUCUCCGCCAUCUUAGCUGUGGACCGAGAGGUGGCAACUUCGGAGGAGCCAAGAGGGGGAGAACUUGAAAAGUAGAAGCACUGACAGAGAAGGAAUUACGUGCAGUUGAUGAUGCUGACAGGUCCUCAAACGGUCCAAGAGAGGGAAAGGACUUACCCAGGGCUGCCCAGUGAGUGAGAAGCAGAGAUGCAACUGAAAUCAAGUGUUUUAUUCACUUGCCAGGCCGAGAUGCAUCCAGAGCGUUUGUGACCGGGGACUACUCGGAAGCAGGCCUUGUAGAUGAUGUAUCCGACCUGUCAUUUUCUGAGAUGCUGACACUCCAAAACUGGCUUUCAUUCUAUGAGAAGAACUACAAAUUCAUUGGAAGGGUGAUAGGAAGGUUCUAUGGAGAGGAUGGGCUCCCCACCCCAGAACUGACCCAGGCAGAAGCCAUGAUGACCAAAGGCUUGGAAGCGGACAGACAGGAACUGAUAGAGAAGCAGAGGUUCCCACCGUGCAACGCUGAGUGGAGCUUCAUCAGGGGUAGCCGGUUCUGGUGUUCCCAACAGAGUGGAGGUGUGAGCAGAGACUGGAUCGGCGUUCCCAGGAAACUGUUUAAGCCAGGUGUCAAGCCCCAUUGCGUGUGUGUGAGAACAACUGGCCCUCCGAGUGACCAGUUGCCGGAAAACCCUACGCACAGAAAUCGUGGGGACCUGGACCACCCCAACUUGGGGGAGUACCCAGGCUGCCCACCCCUCGCCAUCACGUGCUCUGUCCCCCUCUAAGCUGUACCCUGUGUGUCCGUAACUCCCAGGGAACCCUGCCGAGAGCCCUAACAAGCUGGAGGAUGGCUCCUACAUGAACAAGAGGGCCUGGAAGGACUGGGCCACACUCUGCAGACGGGACCCAUGCCCCUCCCCGUGGGUUCAGUCUGGUGACUUAGGCCAGUGCGUGGCAACCUGCCUGGUACUGGUCAGUCUGUUGUGCCGCUGUUCCUCGGGUCUCCUCCUCCUCUGGAGUUGGCAGACAUUAAUGGGCACAAAUAUGACCAACUCGAAACUCACUGGACCGACACACAAAAGGACUCCGCUCCAACAGCUUCUUUCCCAGGGACUCCCGGGGUGCCGGAUCAGCUGCUGGCCUGGCCCUGCUUGCAAUGUCCACCCCAGUCAGGGAUCAGGGGCUCUGGCACUCCUUCAUCCAGAAACAAGCGGACACAUCCAGAAGGCCAGAUGAAUGAACAGUGCUAACACAGCCCUGUUCCCGUUUCCCACGUGCUAUUGUGAGCCCUUUUACAACCAUUCUUAGAUGUAAGACCUGUGCCCAAAGGCAAACUUGCAUUGACAACCAAAAGCCUCACUGAGUUAAUCUGAGCUGGACCCGUAUAGAGGUGAACCAGGACAGGCUGAUUCUGGAAAUGGAAAAGCUUUUGCUUGUGUAGAUGCAGCAAAUCCAGAUCUCUCUGAACAGAGCAACAAUUUAUGUA